CACCCCUAGUCCGCCUCCGGCCCUUCGACGGAUUCCCAAUCGUGCGCGGGUGUGGCUGGGUGUGUCUGUUGGCGCGGUCUUGAUUAAAUCAGGAGCUCGGUUGAUUAGAUUCAGAUCUUUUUCGAAAACUGAUCAGAUUCAGAUCUCUAAGCGAGGGUUUCGUGGUAUGUUUAGCAGUUAGAUAGCCGACUAAUCGAGUAUGCAAUAAGCCAAGAACGGCGUGCUAUUAUGGACUUAUGAGUUGGUAAUCAUGGUACUGGAACACUCCUUUCAAUGUUCUGUUGGCAGAUAGCACACCCGUGAUUCAGAGGUUGCCAUGAUCUUCCCGACUAUUAGUUGAUCUGGUAAUGUCAUAUAUUGUCAAUUAAGUGCAGUUGGCCUGUUGAAACUGAUGAUAGUCAAUUUCAAGGUCAUGAUCUUAUUAGGGAUAUUUCGCUUGGGAUUACUCUUUCUGUGAUCGAGUUGUAGUUUGUUGUUACUGCUUUCAGGGCUCAAAGCUUUGCAAUUGGUGUACAGGACAAGAAGACAUGGCCUUGGUCACAUGAAGCUUGAUCUUUGUAGAAUGAUACAUUCUAUGUUCUCUGAUUCAAUGUGCUUUUUAAUGAUCACUUAUUAUUUCUGCUCACAACAAAAGUCAUUAACAAACCAUUUUCUUGUUGACAAGAUUGCACAUCACCACCUGAUUGAGUGACUGUUCUCCUGAAUCCUGAUACAUUCCUUUUCCUUUCCUUUCCAUUCCAUUGCAGAUAUCUGUCUGUCAGUACAGUGCUUGAAGUGAAUAAGCAGAGAUAUGUCGGUGCCAAUGUAUAAGAAGCAAAACUCUAUGGGCACUCCUGUCCACAAGACAAAUCCCUUUGAUUCCGAUUCUGAUUCUGAAGUGCCUUCAAAGCCAUCAAGGGCCCAGUCUGUCCCAGUGCAACGCACUGAUAAAUCUGUGCAAGAGUUGGAAGAUUAUGCUAUAACCAAAGCACGAGAAACCACACACAAAGCAAAUGAUUGUGUAAGGGCUGCUGAAGCCAUCAGGGAAGAUGCUACACAAACUCUGCAAACUUUGCACCGUCAAGGUGAGCAGAUCAUGCGGUCGCAUCAACUAGCAGCUGAUAUUGAGAGGGACCUUACUGUGAGUGAGAAGCUCCUGGGAAGCCUGGGUGGGCUAUUUUCUAAGGCAUGGAGGCCCAAGAGAAAUCAACAGAUAAAAGGACCUGUCUCAGAAAAUAACUGGUCUGUGAGGACGGCAAACCACACAGAACAGAGUUGGAGGCUAGGCAUUGCCCCAACACGUCAAGAAUCCCCCAGUCCUGUACAAACCACACCUGCAACUGCGAUGGAAAAAAUUCAGGCUGAGAAAGCAAAGCAGGAUGAUGUGCUUUCUGACCUGAGUAACACAUUGGGACAGCUCAAGGAAAUGGCAGUUGAUAUGGGCACAGAAAUUGACAGGCAAAACAAAGCUCUGGUUCCUUUCAGUGAUGACGUUGAUGAACUGAAUUUCCGACUGAAAGGUGCGAAUGUACAGGGACGCCGGUUGCUGGGCAAGUGAUACCAAACCAGGAAGCCGGUUGUCUGGGUUGAGCAAUGCUCAAAGGUGACAACUGCCUUACCAAAGCGUUGUAGUUGUAGUUCGGGGUCCCUCUUCCUGCACUGAGAGAUUAAACCUUGUUGUAAUACUUGUUUUUUUAGCAAAUAGAAAAUUCCUUGUAUUGAAUUGUACUAUGGGAAAACUUUCCAAAUUGCAGUGUUGUACAACUACCAGGUCCAAAUUAAUUGAAAGGAUAUCAGAAUAUAUUUGACGUCUCAUGGCGUUUAUUA